AUGUCCUUUGUACCCAGUCAACGAACUUCGCUGUAUGUUGGGGAUAUCCCUUUGGAUCUCCAAUACCCGGAAGAUACCCUCAGCUCUCUCUUCAACAGUGUUGCCCCGGUGGUCUCCUUAAGGGUAUGUCGGGAUAUUACCACACAAAAGUCUCUCGGGUACGCGUACAUCAAUUUUUCAAAUGCGGCAGACGCUGAAAAAGCGUUAAAUCUACUGAAUUAUACCGAUAUCAUUCCUGGACGUCAGAUUCGUAUAAUGUUUUCGAUGCGCGACCCCAUGAUGCGGAAAAGUGCUUUGAACAACGUAUGCAUCACAAAUUUAAGUCCUUCGAUUAACGCAAAAGCGCUCCAUAAGCUAUUUUCCGAGUUUGGUAGCAUCCUUUCUUGCAAGGUUGCGCUGGACAAGGACGGCAACAGCAAGGGCUAUGGAUUUGUUCAGUUUGAAACCCCUGAAGGCGCGAAGUCUGCGCUUCAGAUGAAUGGUCGAAGGAUCGGGGAAUUGGAUGCCAACGUUGCACCAUUUAUGCGAAAAGCGGAGCGCGACGCUCAGCGUGAAAAAACUUUUACAAACGUAUACGCAAACAACAUCAUAAAGUCCGCCACGGAGGAGGAUGUCAAAAAGGUUUUUGAGAAGUUUGGGAAGGUAACAUCGUUCUUUCUCUCUGGCGAGCCCAGGCACAGCACUAAGUUUGCCUUGGCCAACUUUGAAACCCAUGAGGAUGCGGUUAAGGCGAUUGAAGAGCUUAACAACGAAACCGAGUGCGAGAUUUCAGAUCCGGAGCAGCCACUGAUGGUGUGCCGUGCACUUACGAAAAAUGAACGAGCUCGCGCUAAACCAAAGUUCCCUGCUAUAUAUCAGAGUCAAGGCCGAAACCUCUAUGUGAAACACUUAGCAGACGACAUCACUCAAGAAGAAUUAGAGAAACUGUUUGCCCCAUUUGGGCAAAUUGAGUCAUGCGCGCUCAUGAGAGAUUCCAACGGUAUUUUCAGGGGUUUCGCAUUUGUGUGCUUUAACGAAAAGGAAUCUGCAUUGGCGGCCAUACGUGAGUUGAAUGGGAAAAUGCUUACUCAAGGUAAGAGGCCACUGUAUGUUAGCCAGGCGGAGCAGAAAGACAUGCGCAUGCGCAUUCUUCAACAGCGUCACUCGGCGCUGAAACAUCAGCGGCCGAUGCCCUCCCCCAUGGGCAUGUACGGCCAGCAGCAAUGGCCCCAGCAGUACCCAAUGGGUAAUUCCAUGUACAUGAACACGAACAUGGGCAUGCCGCCGUUCAUGCAUGGACCGGGAAUGAUGCGGCGUCCGAUGCCGCCGAUGCGGCCGAUGCCUGUGCAGCACAACUACCUACCGCCGCAAGCACAGCCGCAGAUGCCGCUGCCGACAGCCCCAGCCCCGUCCGCUGCUGCUGGAGCUGGAGUUGGAGUUGGAGCUGGCGUCGGGGCUGGGACCACGGGGGCGGGGAUUGAUGUAAACCAGCUGAGCAUGAUGAGCUCCGAAGAGCGGAAGAACUUCCUUGGGGAGACGCUCUACAGUAGGAUUGUUGAACAGGUCCCACAGCAGGCGGCUAAAAUUACGGGUAUGCUCCUUGAAAUGGGAACCACAGAGAUUUUGGAUGUACUGUCGGACAACAACGCUCUAAUGGCGAAGGUGAAUGAGGCAGUUGCGGUUCUCCGUCAGCAUUCAGGACACUAA